GGCACCGUCAACUGAGAGGACUCACAGAUCAACUAGUAAUCUCCACGGCUGUAUUCUGGUCGGACACAAAUCGAUACAGCGUCCCAUUUAUUUAUUAUUUUUUUUUACAGGGAUAUAAACUUUGAAGGCCAUGGCGCCGGACGCUGCCAGCCCGCGGACAUAGGCGACACUGCGGAGGAGAAAGUAUCGACCACACAGAACCCACAAAGAAGAAAGCAGCUGGUGUGUUUUUUUCACGCUCGGAGGCGAAGACGGCAUCCGGCCUGAAGAGAAGCUCCGAGGUCGGGGAGUCGGCUCGGAGCGGAGCUAAUCGCUUCUGGCCUCCCCGUCCCGGAAGCUCCAUGGAGAAGAUGAAGAGGUUCAAGCGGCGGCUCACUCAGACGCUCCGAGGCAGCCACACGAUCGACGAGUCGCUGUCUGAGCUGGCUGAGCAGAUGACCAUUGAGGAGAACGGCCUGAAGGACAGCGAGCCCAUCGUGAAGAACGGCCGGCCUCCUUCGGCCCACAGCGUGCACUCCUUUCUUCAUCAGUACACGGGAUCUUUUAAGAAGCCGCCGAUCCGACGGCCGCAGAGCGUCAUCGGAGGAGGUCUGGGCUCGCUCAUGGUCCUGCCUCGCAACGGCAGCCGCCUCGAUAUCGUUCAUGAGAAUAUGAAGAUGGGUUCUGACGGGGAGAGCGACCAGGCAUCAGGAACAUCGUCUGACGAGGUGCAGUCGCCCACGGGUGUUUGUCUGAGGAACAAAGGGAACCGGCGCAUCUCUGCGGAGGACUUGAACAAACGUCUGUCUCUGCCCGCCGACAUCCGGAUACCCGACGGCUACCUGCAGAAGCUGCAGCUGAGCAGCCCACCCUUCGACCAGCCGCUGAGCCGACGCUCCCGCAGAGCAUCACUGUCAGAAAUUGGUUUUGGGAAGCUGGAGACCUACAUCAAACUGGACAAACUCGGGGAGGGCACGUACGCAACGGUCUAUAAGGGGAGGAGUAAGCUGACGGAAAACCUGGUGGCGCUGAAGGAGAUCAGACUGGAGCACGAGGAGGGGGCGCCGUGCACGGCUAUCCGAGAAGUGUCUUUACUGAAGGACCUGAAACACGCCAACAUCGUGACGCUGCACGAUAUCGUCCACACAGACAAGUCGCUCACACUGGUGUUUGAAUACCUGGACAAGGACUUGAAGCAGUACAUGGACGACUGUGGGAACAUCCUGAGCAUGCACAACGUCAAGAUUUUUUUAUUCCAGAUCCUGCGAGGCUUGGCCUACUGUCACAGACGGAAAGUUCUCCACAGAGACCUGAAGCCCCAAAACCUGCUCAUCAACGACCGAGGGGAGCUCAAACUGGCUGAUUUUGGCCUGGCGAGGGCCAAGUCGGUGCCGACUAAAACCUACUCUAACGAGGUGGUAACGCUUUGGUAUCGACCUCCCGAUGUGCUGCUGGGCUCCUCGGAGUACUCCACGCAGAUAGACAUGUGGGGUGUGGGCUGUAUAUUCUUUGAGAUGGCUGCUGGCAGGCCCCUGUUCCCCGGGUCCACAGUGGAGGACGAGCUGCACCUCAUCUUCAGGCUGUUAGGCACUCCUACAGAAGACAGCUGGCCUGGAAUAUCCUCCAUCGACGAGUUCAAGUCCUACAAGUUCCCCAAGUACAAACCCCAACCUCUGAUUAACCACGCACCCAGGCUGGACAGCGAUGGGAUCCCGCUGCUCGCUUCGUUCCUGAAAUACGAGUCGAAAAAGCGGAUUUCUGCUGAUGAAGCAAUGAGGCACCCGUACUUCAGGAGCCUGGGGCCACGUGUGCAAACGCUGCCAGAGAAUAUAUCAAUAUUUACACUGAAGGAGGUACAGAUGCAGAAAGACCCCGGCUACCGGAACUCCUCGUACCCAGAAUCAGGUACUGGGAAGAGCAGAAGACAAAGCAUGCUGUUUUAAAUUUCCUGGACUUUUUUUUUUUUUUUAAUUUUUGUUGGUGAGAAGGAUCUCCGACGGAUCAGAGAUGGAUGUCCGAGUAGAACAUCAUCAUCAUCACUCCUCCACCCCGGUCGACUCCUCAAGCGGGGUGUGUGUGUGUGCAUCCACAGCACGACCCUUCCUCACCUCCUCCCGGGGUUCUGGUUCACGGGCCCUGCUCCGAAAAGAGACGUUUAUAUUCUGUACAUCUAUAUUUAUUGAGAAAACAAACGAUUUGCUGCUAAAUCCAACUACUGUUUAGAAUUCUAACUGGCUCAGUCACUUUAAUGAAUACAUGCCAUGUGUAUAGAUUUUUAAGAUUCUUUUUUUGUUUGUUUGUUUGUUUUUGAAGUGGUAUUUUUUAUUUUUGCUCAUUUUGUCAUUAACAUUUACCUCCACCUCGCAGACGGAGGGAUGUUUCUGUAGCGGUUCGAUGUCUCGUCUCCAUUGACACGGUGCUGCGCCGAUCAUCUGUGACCAUUUUACUCUAGUUUUGAGGCCGUAAAAAAAAAAAAAGAUAGCUUUCAUCCCAGUCGAAGGUAAAACAUGAGCGGAGCUUUUUUUUUCUUGAAGUUACAUCUGGAGAGAAAUAAAACAGGUUUGCAUUGGAUGCUGGCGUUUAGAAGAAAACUGAAUUAAAAGCAUCACUGGACGGAUUGAAACACCUUACUGCUACCUGUGUGAGCCAGGCACGUGACGUGGGAGUUCCCAGUGUCGGAGCUGUACUGCUGCCUUUGUGUUUGCAGAUCUUUCUCCAGUCUACCAUUCCUGUUUCAGUCAAGUGUUAAAAUUGACCUUUUCUCCUCCGUCAUCGUGCUGCAUGCCUGCUCUGUGGUGUGAUGAAGCUCCGCCCCUGCUGAGUCCGAUCUGAGUCACGCUUUAUUUAACAGUGUUACAUGUUUUUUUUGUAUCAUAUUUGUUGUGAAUAAUUCUUCUUGGUGUGGGAAUUUUUGGUUGCAAACGCCCCCUCUCAUCUUUUUUUCCAGAGUAAAGACAAUAAAUUAAAAAAUUUAAACCAAAAAAA